CCACACAAGACGAGACCAGCAAUAAAAACAAACUUCACGCCUUCAAUUCAAACUUCAUUCACUCACAGAGAGAGAGAGAGAGAGAGAGAGAGAUGACGGGAAUGGUAAUGGUGACAAAGGCGGGUGUCGGAUGCGGUGGAGGAAAGCCGGCAAGACGAGCUGAAAUAGACGACGAUGAUCAGCAGAGCAAUCUCUCGCUCGUAGCAUUCCUGUUGGCGGCUCUGAGAAAGUCCAUGGUUGCUUGCCGUGUAGAUCGCCAGGAAGAAAUCGCCUCCGCCGUUCGCCACAUGGAAAUCGGCUGGCCGACCAACGUUCAGCACGUCGCCCAUGUCACAUUUGACCGCUUCAAUGGCUUUCUGGGUCUUCCGGUUGAAUUCGAAGUGGAAAUUCCGUCCAGAGUUCCCAGCGCCAGUGCUAGUGUUUUCGGUGUCUCAGCAGAAUCCAUGCAGUGUUCUUUCGAUUCCAGAGGCAACAGUGUCCCUACAAUUCUCCUACUAAUGCAAGAGAGACUUUACUCUCAAGGGGGUUUAAAGGCAGAAGGAAUUUUCCGAAUAAACCCAGAAAACAGCCACGAGGAGGAUGUGAGGAGGCAGCUGAAUAGAGGCAUUGUGCCAGCUGACAUUGAUGUCCACUGUUUGUCAGGGCUAAUCAAAGCCUGGUUCCGGGAGCUUCCUUCUGGAGUAUUAGAUGGGCUUUCCCCUGAACAGGUUCUGGAAUGCAACACGGAGGAGGAGUCAGUUGAGCUUGUGAAGAAUCUAAAGCCAACUGAAUCGGCGCUGCUCGGCUGGGCGGUUGAUCUCAUGGCUGAUGUUGUUGAACACGAGGAAUACAACAAGAUGAAUGCCAGAAACAUCGCCGUGGUCUUCGCUCCAAACAUGACUCAGAUGUCUGAUCCGUUGACGGCUUUGAUGCACGCGGUUCAGGUGAUGAACCUCCUCAAGACUUUGAUCAUGAGAACACUUAGAGAGCGCGAAGAGGCUGCAACAGGAGGAUACACACCAUCACCGGUUUCUUCUCAUUCUUCCGAUCAGCGAACGGACGGGGAAAUUGAUGGCCAGCAAGAGAUGGACACCAGCUGCGAGUUGAGGGGGCACAUGUCAGAAUUUGAUGAGACCGAUAACGCCUAUUACAGUGAAAACGAGGACGAAACCGAGAGUCUAAACGAUAUAGAAGAGUGUUUCUUGAGGCAAUUGGACGAGAAAGACAAUGCCAAGGCCAUGAAAAAAUCUGACCAAGAUUCGGCAAGAGGGCAUGCGAGUCCCAGAAGUGACUCAACAUCUUACAAAGUUGAGGCCUCUUUAUCUGGGGUUUCUUUAUCUGGCAGCAAAGUUGGAAGUUCUGUUUUGAGCUCAAGUGAUGAGGAAGAUUCAGAGGCGAGCGUGGUUGUUCUCGGCGAGAACCCAUCCAAAAGAUCUAGCACCUAUGACGUGAAGAUGGUGGACAAAUUGGUGGAUCCUGCUUUUCCAGCGCCAUUGCCUGUUGCUAUUUUGAGCCCAAGCGAAGAGGAAAAUUCCCAGGCAAGUGCAAUUGUUCUUGGAGAGGAUGACCAGAACUCAUCAAAAAGAUCCAGCACCAACGAUGUGGAGAUGGUGGACAAAGUAGUGGAUCCACAUGUUUUUCCGGUUCCUUUGCUCGGUUUUAGGUGAAUUGUAAUAGUAAACUGUCGUUUAAACUCAUUUGUGUAGGCACCUCGUUUGCUGAUUCUGGGUUUAUCUCCAUAGCCAUCCAUGCGUUGCUUCUGUAAAUUAGAUUAGGGUUUGGAGUGUUGCUGCUCAUCAGUCAUUCGUUGCUUUUGUAUGCGAAAAUGCAGCGAAGGAGAUCUGACAUUUGAGAGAUUCAUAUUGGAAUUGGUCUCUCUGUUGUUUGGCUAAAAAAUCCUUGCUUCAAGGAUUUAUUGGGACUCUUUCAAAGAGGUAGCCUAUUUUUUGUUUGUAUUAAUUCUACUUGGUCAAGCAGCUAAGAAAAGACUCUUUCAAACAAGUUUUUGCCCA